CAAAAAGCAAUAUAUGUAAGGCUAAUUGGAAGGAAAGGGUGCCGCUACUCCUCUUCGUCGGCUUCAUACUCACUCGUAGGCGCAUCAAAUCUGCCCUUAGGAGCGAGAGAACCCUAGUAGCGAGAAGUUUAAAGGCGACGUCUUUCAAUCCGUUUCGAUCGUUCGCGACAAAUGAGGGAGGAUUCGUUGUCUAUGGCCUUACUCUUUUCUGGCAACAAUGAUGCAGUGAUCCAAACUAUCUGAUGGUGAUAUCAAUGCUCAAAUAUUCUUGGUAGAGGUAUGAUCUAAUUGGAUUGUUCUUCUAUUCUGGUUGUGUUGAUUUUGUUCUAUGGCGGUUCUUUCUAGGGCACUGGUGCUCCGGGAUGUUUUGUCUCUCUCGAUGUGGGGAAUUAUGUUGGUGUCUCUCCUAACCUUAUCUGGUCAGGAAUUUCUGUCUACCUUUUUAGAGUGCGUAGACACUAAUAGAGCUUGUUCUCCUUCAGAACGACCUUCGUGUCAUGAAGAGUUUUAUGGAAAGACUUUAUUUCAAUUUUAUGUUUCCAUUAGUAGUACUUGUUUUUAUUUUAGUGUGAGUAGUUUUGCUUUGAAACUUUGGACUUCUGGUGUUCGUUUGAUAAACAGUAUUUCAGUCCCAGUUCUUUCAGGCUUUAAAUUGCAUGUUUCGUGUCUAACGAAUCAGGUUGAUUUGUAUGAUGUGGUUGAUUCUAUGUCUAUUCAUAGAGCUCACUAUUGAAUCUGUCAUAACUGUAUGAUAUUAUCUUGUAUAUUUUCUCGAUUUUAAUAUAAAAAUUGGUCCUAUAUAUUGAAAA